UUCCACACUUCAUUUAUCCUCACCAUGAAUUUCCCUUUCUCCUACCUUUUUCCAGAUAUUGCUGAGAGUUUGAAAAGUGUUUACCAAUCAAUGGGAACAAAUCCUCAUUUUGAAAUGGAAACUAUAAUCUCGCCAUAUGAGCCGAAAAUUCCUCUCCCCAAUGAAUUCUGGAUGGUGGAAAAAACUAGAUUGUUGAGUGAGGGUGUAGGAUUUAUAAGAGAUGAUUAUAAUAACUAUUUUAAGGUUUAUAUCGGUAAUGAUGGUGAUGGAGGUUGUCUGUACGAUGGGAGUGUUAUUGCUAUGUACUGUGGUUUUUCAAAACCCCAGAAAGUUAUACUUAGUUAUCAAAUAAUUGAUAAUGAGUUUCAAAUGAAGGUUGUUGAUGAUCUCGGUGAGGAGGUCAAAUACCUUGGUUUACUGUUUCCAGAAGAUCAACAAAGUCUUAGAAGCGUUGUUCCUAAUUGUGUUCUUCAAUCUGCUUUUGUUGAUACUGCUUCGUUUGAGCCCAAUGUUUUGCCUCAACUUUUAUUACGGGAAGAUGGUGUUGUGUUUGGCUAUAACGGUCUUGAUGAUGUCCCUCUUAAUAUUGAACACCCUGAUGUGGACAUUAACCAAGAAUAUUUUCAUUGGGAGGUGAAAAUUACUAAAUCUAUGGCUGCAGGAAGAAAUGUUUUGCAUAUUCCGAAGCAUAUUGCCGAUAAGUGUUUUCCACCAGAUCAAAAUAGUGUUGUUUUGGUUAAUCAAGAAACUGAACAGCUUUACUUGUGUGCUGUUACCACGAGUUAUCCUCCUGGCCGUUGUACCAGACGUAUUGGUCGAGGUUGGUAUGGCUUUGCAAAGGAUGCUCGAUUGAAGCAUGGUGAUAAAGUCGUUUUUACACUUCCAAUUUCUCCUGAGUUUGUUCUAGCUAAUAUCAUUCGGUGUGCUCCCGGAAAUGUGUGAUGAUGUCAACUUAGUGUUGUUUUCUAAAUCUACAGUCUUAUAAAUGUUUGUUUCGUAAUCGACUUAAUCUGAUAUUUGCUUUAGUAUGUUAUGUUUAGUGUUUAAUAUCUACUCUCUUAUGAAGUGAUUAUGUGAUUCUAUGGUUUAAUACUGCGAUGUGCUGAAAUUUAUAUGACCAAGACAUUAUAUUUUGGAUCUUUUUUUUUCCCAGUUUUUCCCUAUGUUUAAUUAUGUUGACUUAAAGUAUUAAUCGGUCCGUUCUUCGAUUAUAAUGAUACUUUGAAGAAUUUACUAUGUAUGUUGAUGAUAGUUUUCAUGCUUUG